UGGUUUGUGGCUGACUCUUGAUAGUGCCUCUUCCUACACUUUAUGGGGAGGAAAAGUACAGUAAGACCGCACAACUUCUUAGACAAAUUGAUCUCCUGUUUCUCUUCUAGAGCAAAACCCAUCAAAAGUAAUUUCCUGCUCUGGUAUCUGGGUGCCUUCUCUACUGGUUAAGAAACCAAUUGCUAUCUCAACUUGACAGCAAAUGUCUUUUACUGGGAAGUUUCCUUUUAGAUAGAACAUAAAAAGUACCUGUUUUGGGGUAAGAACCAAGGAUUUCGAUGCCAGUUAUGAUCGGAUGUGGACAGUAAAUUCAGGGAUAUCUCACAGCACCAAAGGGAAGCUGAACAGACCACCCUAUCUUCUUGCUUCCGCCUCCUACACCCUGGAGUGUUAGCUCCACUUCCAGGAUCUUUCCAGUUGUCCUAGGAGAUCAGCAGAACCCCUUUUCAGUUGUCCAAGCAGAUUUUCAGGGCCCCCAAGCAAGGACAGAAGGAGAGGGCGCUAUUGUUGAUGGCCCUGCGCAGUGGGACUGCUUGGUUUGGGCAAGUCCUCCGUAGGUUCUCCAGGAUCCAGGGCACCUGGUCCAGGAGGUCCAGCAGUCUCCUCUGCCUUUCUACAUCCCAGGAGAACGAGCAGGGAGUUGGAAGAGGUUACCAGCCCUGCAUCCACCACCAUCACAGCCACCCCCUCCACUCCCACUCUCCAGGUGCCCAGCCCAACCAUUGCUGUCUGCAACUUCCUAGUGGCUGCUGCCCCCUCUCAGACAGGACGAGGGGACAUGAUCCCCUCACCAGCCGGUUGCUGGCGGCCAUGAAGCGGCAGAACGUGAGGACUCUGUCCCUCAUCAUCUGCACGUUCACCUAUCUGUUGGUGGGGGCGGCGGUCUUUGACGCCCUGGAGUCCGACUACGAGAUGCGAGAGGAAGAGAAGCUCAAAGCCGAGGAGAUCCGCCUCAAGGGAAAGUAUAACAUCAGCAACGACGACUACAGGCAGUUGGAGCUGGUCAUCAUGCAGUCGGAGCCUCACCGAGCUGGGGUCCAGUGGAAAUUCGCUGGAUCUUUUUACUUUGCUAUUACUGUCAUUACUACUAUAGGUUAUGGGCAUGCAGCACCGGGAACGGAUGCAGGAAAGGCCUUUUGCAUGUUCUACGCAGUCCUGGGGAUUCCUCUUACUCUGGUAAUGUUCCAGAGCCUUGGUGAGCGAAUGAACACUUUUGUGAAGUAUCUCCUAAAGCGGAUUAAGAAAUGCUGUGGAAUGCGGAGUACCGAGGUCUCAAUGGAAAACAUGGUGACCGUUGGCUUCUUCUCCUGCAUGGGUACCCUUUGUAUUGGAGCUGCAGCCUUUUCCCACUAUGAGGAUUGGAGCUUUUUCCAAGCUUACUAUUACUGCUUUAUAACUUUAACUACAAUAGGCUUUGGAGACUAUGUGGCUCUGCAGAAAAACAGGGCCCUCCAAAAGAAGCCGCUCUAUGUGGCUUUUAGCUUUAUGUACAUUUUAGUUGGACUGACUGUAAUUGGGGCAUUUCUAAAUUUAGUUGUUCUCAGGUUCUUGACCAUGAACAGUGAGGAUGAAAGGAGAGAUGCAGAGGAACGAGCUUCCUUAGCAGGGAAUCGAAACAGUAUGAUCAUUCAUAUCCAAGAAGACUCUCAACAUGGUCGGCCUCGAUACAAGGCCGAAGUGACGGACCUUCAGUCAGUGUGUUCCUGCAUGUGCUACAGAUCCCACGAGUACACCAGCCGGGUUGUGUCCCACCAAAAUUCUUUCAGCACCAAGCUGAAUCCUCAGUACUUUCAUUCUAUAUCCUACAAGAUUGAAGAAAUUUCACCAAGCACAUUAAAAAACAGUCUUUUCCCAUCCCCUGUUAGCUCUGUUUCCCCUGGGCUGCACAGCUUUACAGAUAAUCACAGGCUAAUGAAAAGGCGAAAAUCAAUUUAAGGUCUCUGAUUUCUAAUUGAGGGUCUCCACUCUCUCUACUCUCUAAUUCUUAUUUUUUCUGAAUUGAGACGGAGAGGAGACAGAAAGAGAUACAUAGUCUGCCUUCACUAAGACUAGUUACUGAACAUGAAGCAUGGAUUCUUACUUCUCCAGCAAAGAAUGCCUUACAUCACCCCCUUACCCUCCCCCGGGUGGAUUUUAGAGGGAUUUCAUAUUUUAAUUAAUGUGAAAUGAUUACCAAUUCCAAAGUUGCACACGAGCAGGGGGUGUUUAUGCACUGCUCGCACUUCUGACCCAAUGAACAUUUUGUUUUAACUAGAAAAAGAAAAAAAAAAAGAAAAAAGCUGGUCACGGGUACGUGUCUGAGUGUCUGUGCAAAUCCACAAACUAGCGUAUUGUAACAAAAAUUCAAAUAUCAGGUAUUAUUCUAUUGAAGCAGUUGUAUUGCUUUUAAUCUCUAGA